AUGCACCAGAUGCAUGGUGGGCAACAGGAUCAAAGCGCCGACAACAACACAGGUGACAAUGAGAGGGGCCGUAGGAAGUUCGUUCCUUUGCCAUAUCUGCCAAGAAAUCGCAGCACCGGCAAUCUGGCACUCGCGACCAAUGCCAUGACGGAGCGUGGCCGGUACCGGAUGUCAAUCGACGCUCCCCUUUCCGCCACCACCGACUUUGAUGUCCUUGCGAGGUCUGCUUCACAAUUGCCAGAUCACGAACACGGCAUCGGCCUGUCCGGCCUGCGACGCAUCCGCCAACAGCAUCCUCCGUCUCGCAAUCCGACGGUGCCAAACUCGGGUGCCUCGUCACGGAGCCCUUCGGUCGCCGCAAUACCUCGUUCAACCUCGUCGAGCGGCAUAUUUGCAGCCGGUUUCAUAACCGCGCCCCAGGCUGUCGGCCCCUCUUCACCUAGCUUCUCCGAAGACCUGACCCGAUUUCCGUCCGAAUCACUCCACUCAUUUUCCUUUGCUCACCAGUCGGAUGAUUUCCUCCAAAACCGUCAGAAUGUGCUUAAGCGGUCCAUGGAUUUCAUGAAGGACCGCAUGAGCCACGCCAAACACUCGACUCAGGCCGCCCUAGCGAAUGCUCACGGAAGAUUUGCCGGAGAUGCGGAUGCCCAGAAUCUGCUGGACAUUCUUGACCGGGCACAGCUGACCGGGGUUGGAAGCGUGAACAAAAGUGACCCGUCGGCGCCUGCAGGACCUGGCGAGAAUGCCUUCGACAAUCAUCUCAUGCCCGAGUCCGAGGCGACUGAUAAAUCGGAAAUCAUACCCGAUGCUGCAGAUGUAUCUCCUAAAUCGACCCACGCCAGUGUCCCGGACGCAAGCGAAGGUGCGCCGGCAGCAAAUUUCACCGCUGACGGGAAGUCCGAGGACACGAGCAGAACAUCGACAGAUGAGAGUCGCACUACGGCACAGACAUCUCCUCCCGCAUCACGACGCAUGAGCCUUAAGCGCACAAUGACGGACACGGUGAGUAUGACGAUGCAAGACAAGCUCGUGGAUUUCAUGGGACAGCCAUUUCUGGCUGGUCAGCCGAUGUACGAGGAGCCAAUGGGCUCGCAGGUCUUGACGCAGGCCUUACCUGUCGCUCAUGGACACACCAACCGAUGGGUGCCGGCCGCCCAGGCCAUCUUUACCACGGAGGCCAAGCCACCCUGGACCAUAAUAGCCGCAAACGAUCUCGCCUGCCUUGUGUUUGGAGUCACAAAAGCCGAGGUUCGCAAAAUGGGCAUCCUGGAGGUCGUUCAGGAGGAGCGGAGAGCCUGGCUCGAACGAAAGCUCUCCUGCGGCAAUGAGGACCUAGAGGACGAGGAUGAGGGUGGAAUCGCAACGUCCGCAGCUACAACGCUCCUGAGUGGGCGGGCGGGAAUUACCGCGAAACUUCUGAGCAAGCCGAACUCGAGAUCGCAACCGCAAAAGUACUCAAUAAGGCGAGCCCAAACGGUGCAUGGGGGGACCCCCAACCUGUCCAAUGCUCGGGCCGGCGGCCAGAACAAAAAUCAUCGGUCGCGUGGAGUGUUGCUGUGCGGUGACGUCGUUCCUAUCCAGAAAAGAAACGGUGCCACGGGCUCCGCGAGCUUGUGGGUCAAGGAAAAGCGAGUUGGUCUCAUUUGGGUCCUGGAGGAAAUACACGAAGACGUUGCCUACGUUGACCUGGACGAGGAUGGUGUCGUCGAAAAGGUAUCAGGAGCCGCCGAGCCCAUCUGGGGCUUCAAGUCCACCCGCAUCGGUCUCGAUGUCGCCACUCUCAUCCCUCGAAUCCCGCGGCAGGGCAUUGAUCCUACCAUCGGCGAGAUCGACUUUGCCCAAAUAAACAGGAGGAGGUACUUCACCUGUCCCAAUUCUCACCAGGUUAACAUCCCCUGCGCUGUGGAGCAGGUUCGAGGCAAGCUUCAAUUGCGGGUGUCGACUUUUCCACACAUGGCAGGCAUCGUCGUCGUUGACCCGGAGAGCCUCAAGAUCUUGAGCUCCAAUUCUGUCUUUUGCGGAGCCCUCUUCGGGUACGAGAAACCCGACGGGAUGCUAAUCAAUGCCCUGGUGCCCGAAUUCGACAAGAUCCUACAGAUAAUGACGGAAGAAGAUGGCCUCCAAAUGCUGGAUGGCAUGGUCGUCCCGGAGCACCGCUUUCGUCGAGCUUCUGUAUUCCUCGCCCUGAGGGAUCGCCACCCCGACGCUGCCGUUGCAUUCCUGCACCCGGACGGCCUCUCCGCGAAGCACCGCGAUGGAUCCACUCUCAAGAUCGACGUCCAGUUGCGUGUCGUGGAGAGUGAGAAGCGGCCCAACACUGAUGAGACCGUUAUCGAGAGCGGCGGCGAGGCCAAUGCUGGAGAGGCCGACGAUGGCUUUGCCGUCCCUCGCAAGGAGAUGGUAUUGGCUUUGUGGAUUACUUAUUCGCGCCAGCUUCACGUGCACACCCAACGCAACACCGACUCCUCUGUCGGGACCGCGACACCGCUCCACCAGCCGUCCCCAGGUCAAACACCGCCGGCUCAUACGCCGAUGGAAGUGGGCUCAGACGAGGACGAACCUAAGAAGGAGAAGCUGUCACCGCCACGCGUUUUGCCCACGUCAGUCAACGAAGUCGCAAUGAGCGCGGCUUCAAAGCUUGACGAAAACCCCAUGCCUUCUCCAAGGAUCGGUGAGACGUCGCCUAUUACGAGAGAUGCGGAACUGACGCCCAAGCCAACGAUAGACAACUAUGCCAUUCUGGAAGACAUGGGACAGGGAGCCUACGGCCAAGUGAAGCUCGCUCGCCACAAGCAGACUGGCAAGAGGGUUGUCCUGAAGUAUGUCACCAAGCGCCGCAUCUUGGUCGACACCUGGACAAGAGACAGGAAACUCGGCACAGUACCCCUGGAGAUCCACGUUCUCGACUACUUGCGGAAACCGGAGUUUCGACAUCCCAACAUCGUCGAGAUGGAGGGUUUCUUUGAAGAUGACGUCAACUACUACAUCGAGAUGUCGCCCCAUGGGCUGCCCGGCAUGGAUCUCUUCGAUUACAUCGAGCUCCGCGCCAACAUGGAGGAGGCCGAGUGUCGCAGCAUUUUUGUCCAGGUGGCCCAGGCCAUUCAAUUUCUACACAACAAAGCUCAUGUGGUCCACCGCGACAUCAAGGACGAAAAUGUCAUCCUCGACGGAGAGGGAAACAUCAAGCUGAUCGACUUCGGCAGCGCGGCGUAUGUCAAGAGCGGCCCAUUUGACGUAUUUGUGGGAACCAUCGACUACGCUGCUCCAGAAGUCCUCGCCGGCAAACCCUACGGCGGCAAAGAGCAAGACGUUUGGGCGUUGGGAAUUCUCCUUUACACCAUCAUUUACAAGGAGAACCCAUUCUACAGCAUUGACGAAAUCAUGGACCGUGACUUGCGGGUGCCGUUCAUAAUCAGCGAUGAGAGCAUCGACCUUGUCCGCUGCAUGCUCAACCGCGAUGUGAAGGAGCGAUACGACAUCAACCAGGUGCUGGAACACCCGUGGUGCAAGGCAAUCAUCGACUCGAAAUAG